ACACAACUUUUUCAGGAAAUGGCUGAAGCCAAGGGAAAAAUCGCAGAAAUUGAGCAAGCUUCUCAAGCCGUCUUAGCCGAGUUGUGCACCAUGGAAGUGGAGUACAAAAUUGAGAAGACUUGCCGAGAGCAGGCGGAAGCCUUUGCCAUCCAGAUGAGCAGGGAGAACAAGAAGCUGAAGCGAAUCAGCCUGGCUCUGCUGCCCAGGCUUGGCCUCCUCCAGGGGGACCUCGCGAACUGGGGCAGCGGAGAGGACGCUGCUGCUCCUGAGUCGGCCUUGGAUCCGAUGGGCCAAUACCUUCAGCAGAUCAAAGACCUUCAGCUCAAGGUGUCUUGGCUGCUGGAGGAGAAGAAGGAGUUGGCUGCUCAGGUGAAGGACCUCCAGUCCCACAUGGAAAAGCUCCAGGAUCAGCUCGAAGAAGAGCAUGUCGAGAAGCAGGCCCUGAAAGUUUUGAAGGAGCACAACCAGAAGAUUUUGAAGAGGGUCAAACAAGCAUCCCACUUGGUCACCAAAGAGUAUGGCAAGAUGUCACUGAAGUUGGAUCUGGAGGAAAAACUGAGGCAGCAGGCAGAAACCUUUGCCCACCAGAUGCUGGUGAAGCAGAAGGCGGCCAAUCGACAGAGCAUGAUUCUGAUGCAGGAUGUCGGAGCGGACGCUCAGCUCCUUCUGGCCUUGGAGGAAGUGGCCAAGAUGGCUGGACAGCUGGAGGAAGCCAAGCUGGAGCACGAGGCCAAAGUGCAGGAUCUGGAGGCCCAGCUGGCAGAACGGCCACCACCAGGAGAGCUGGCCAAGCUGCAGGCAGCCGUGGCUGCGGCAGAGGAAGGAAAGGCCCACCUGGAAGAGCAACUUCUCCGGUCAGAGGAGAGAUGUGUGGCGCUGGAGCAAAAAGUGAAGGACCUGGAAGAGGGGGCCAAGACACCCGACGCCCCAGAGGAGCUCCCGGCGGUCCCCCUCCCCCCCCCACCCCCGCCCCCUCUGCCGCCCCCCGCCUGGCCUGCAAGGACGGACCACGCAGGCUGGGCACUGCGGAUGGCAGUCCAACACAUCCGAAACGCGGCGGCCUUGGCGAAGCUGGGCUGCGGAACGCUGGUCUUGAGGAUCCCAGCAUACUGGACUGCCCCCUGCGAGAGCAGGGUCUUCAGGGUUUCGGGGGAGGCGUUGCUGGAUGUUUGCCCUCUGAUGGCCCUCCGAGAGAGGAAAGGCUCGCAGCAUGCGAAACAGGGUAAGCGGACGUGGGGGCAGACAGGACUGCUUGCGCCAGGCCCCGAGGGGGGACCAGACAGGCUAGGGAAGGAUGGCAAACUUGUGGCCCUCCAGAUGUGGUUGGGCUAUGAUACCCAUCGCCCCCAGCGGCUGGCCCUAGGGGUGGCUGGGGCUCCACCAGGACAAGAGGAUUUGUCACUGGUAGGUUCUUUGAAAGGCUCUCAGUCCCUUUUCUUAUGGACAGGAGACCUCCGUUCCGAUGAUGCCACAGCCAAAGCUGUGGAGGAAAUGAUGGCGCGGAUCAAGAGCGGAGUGGUGCUGCGGCCAGUGAGGAGGGAGGCCGAGUCCUUGUCCCAGGCAAGCAAACUGCCGUCUGCUGUGGCGGGCAAGCGCAGGAGCGCGGCGAUGGAACUGCAGAGCCUCCUGAGUGCCACAAGGAGGCCAGGCAGGCAAUCCGGCCGACGCAAGGGCAGCCAGAAGAAGCUCCAGGUGGACAACCAGCUGGACUUGCUCUUGCAGCGGCGGCGGCGGAUAGUCGACUGCUCGGCCCAGACGCCGGCCCUGCCCGAGCCAUCUGCCCCAGCUGCAGACCAGGGGCUCCCGCCUUAUGCCUCCUGGGCAAGGGAGGGAGGCCCCGCAGCCUCAGCAAUGGCGCUCCCGAGGAACCACCAACCCAGCAGGUCAGGCUCCCUGGAAACCAGCAAAGAUCUACCAGGUAGGAGCCAAUUUGCUGGACUGCCCGCACGCAUUGGAUUAUUUUUGCUAGACGCACCGCAGCUUGAGGUCUCUUCUUCCCGCAGGAGAGAAUUGUCCGAUCUCCCAGUAUCCUGUUUCUGAGAAAAGGCAAACACACAUUCAUGUGUAAGCCCACACAUCAUAGAUCGUUACCAAGCUGGGUGGAGGCUUUGGAGCAUUCUGUGCAAAUCCCU